ACGUUACCACGUACGUCCUGACGGCGGUGAGGGUGUGGACGUCCCACUCAAUGCAAUCCACUGGAGAUAACAUAACUUGUACUGUGUCUUAACUGCACAACACGAGACACCAGGCUGAUAUAUCCGGGUUGUGCGAGUGCCAUCCAGGCUCUCUUGAUUGUGUCCCUCACUGCCCCAGAUGAGGGACUGAUGCUGGCCGGGACCCUGCUGAACCCCUCGGGCCGCCUCUCUCACCUGUCUCGCUUCACUUCUGCAUCGACUCUCGCAGGUGCACCUUAAGAAGAGAAGAAUAAGAAUAACACACCAGCUAAAAUGGAUGAUAUCUUCACACAGUGCCGGGAAGGCAAUGCGGUGGCAGUUCGCUUAUGGUUGGACAAUACAGAGAAUGACCUCAACCAAGGAGACGACCACGGCUUCAGUCCUCUUCACUGGGCAUGCAGGGAGGGCCGCUCCAGUGUGGUGGACAUGCUCAUCAUGAGAGGGGCUCGCAUCAACGUCAUGAACCGCGGAGACGACACGCCUCUGCACCUGGCCGCCAGCCACGGACAUCGCGACAUCGUGGGAAAGCUGAUCCAGUGCAAAGCAGACACUAAUGCAGCCAAUGAACACGGGAACACACCACUGCAUUAUGCCUGCUUCUGGGGCCAAGACGAAGUGGCUGAGGACCUUGUGACUAACGGGGCCCAGGUGAGCAUCUGUAACAAAUAUGGGGAAACUCCCCUGGACAAAGCCAAACCUCACCUGCGGGAUCUUCUCAGAGAAAAAGCAGAGAAAUUGGGACAGAACUUGACUAAAAUUCCCUUCAAGGACACUUUCUGGAAAGGCACCACCAGAACUCGACCCCGCAAUGGCACUUUGAACAAACAUGCAGGCAUCGACUACAAACAGCUCUCUCUCCUGGCUAAAAUAAAUGAGAACCAGUCUGGAGAGUUGUGGCAAGGGCGCUGGCAAGGAAAUGAAAUUGUUGUUAAGGUGUUAAAGAUUCGUGACUGGACCACAAGGAAAAGCAGAGACUUCAACGAGGAGUAUCCCAAACUCAGGAUAUUUUCCCACCCGAAUGUCCUACCCAUGGUGGGAGCAUGUCAGUCUCCUCCCGCCCCUCACCCCAUCAUCAUCACACACUGGAUGCCUUAUGGCUCCCUCUACAACGUGCUGCAUGAAGGCACCAACUUCGUGGUAGACCAGACGCAGGCGGUGAAGUUUGCUCUGGACAUCGCCUCUGGAAUGGGCUUCUUACACACACUUGAACCUAUGAUCCCUCGCCACUAUCUCAACAGCAAGAGCGUUAUGAUAGAUGAAGACAUGACAGCCAGGAUCAGCAUGGCAGACGUCAAGUUUUCCUUCCAGUGUCCUGGCAGGAUGUACUCGCCCGCAUGGGUAGCCCCUGAGGCCUUGCAGAAGAAGCCCGAAGAGAUCAACCGUCGCUCAGCAGACAUGUGGAGCUUUGCUGUCCUGCUAUGGGAGUUGGUGACCAGAGAGGUGCCCUUUGCUGACCUGUCCAACAUGGAGAUCGGCAUGAAGGUCGCCUUGGAGGGUUUGAGGCCCACUAUCCCGCCCGGCAUCUCGCCCCACAUUUGCAAGCUCAUGAAGAUAUGCAUGAACGAAGACCCAGCAAAGAGGCCCAAAUUUGACAUGAUUGUGCCAAUUCUGGAAAAAAUGCAAGACAAGUGAAAAACCUUCUGUGCCCUCCUUUAUUAAACCGUCGAAUUACCGGAUAUCUUAUCGCAGAUAUCACUCUGAUAUGGUGGUGUGGUGCUUACCAGUAUUGCCUUAAACUCUUACUCUACCGCUGCAUUCAACGCCACUGUAGCUUCUGAGAUGAAUUCAGCAGAAGUCUUUUUAUAUUGUUUUUUUUUCUUCUUUUUUUUUUCCAAUGUGAUAUCACGUUUUUAUUUGUGUCCUCCAUUUUUUUCCACUGAUACAGCCUUCACAGGAGCUAAAUAUUGACUGUUCAUCUUCUUAACUGUAAAGAGGUGGACUACGGUAAAUACAAUCUUCAAGUGACUGAAUAACCUGUGGAGGUCGGCAUGAUGGUCUGCGGCAUUGCUUCAGUGGAUUUACAGCCUAAGUUGUAUCUGGAAUGGGCUCACUAUUAGAAAGUCACACUAUAAGGAAACUGGUCCCCUAUAAUGCUAAUAAAAGAAAUAACAUAUUAACCCACAGCUUGUCUCGUGGGGAAGUUUGUUGUGUUGGCAGCAAAUUGUAUGCAAAAUGGCAAGCAUGAGAAAUCUAAAACAAAGCAUUUAAACAUGUAAGAUUAUUGAGAAACUGUAUAUGAAUAAGUGGUUUCCAUGAGAGGACUUAACCGUGUUUUGCUAUUCAGCUUGGCUGUGUAGUGAUGUGUAAAGCUUGGCCUGUCUUGAGCUUUCGUCCCCUAACCGUAUCCUGUACAACCUGCUGACAACGAACGAACCAAAACUGGCCAAACAUUUUUUUUCUGUGCAGCAAAAAAUGUCAGUGUUGAUUUAUUAUUGCAAUUUUGGGAAGAUUGCUUUCAAAAAGCAUUGCAGAUUGCUGAUUUUCUCCUGUUAAUUGUAAUAAUGUAAUGUAAUUGACUAGAUUACUCAAAUGUCUUAUUGUAAUCCAGUUUAUUUUCAUUACUUUCCCUUUAAAAUGUAUACUGAUUUGAUUGGUUUGAAUUCUGUUACCUGUACUAUUCAAAGAGUAUAGCCAGCCUCCGUUCCUAGAUAUCUAAAAGUGUUAUUUUCAUGUUGAAUACUGGCAAUGGUAUACAACAUGUAGUACCUUGUUUUCCUUGCAGUAUCAGGAAUGAAUACUGCAUUAAUAUAUCAUUGGUACAGUUUUAAUUUGUUGUUUUGUUGUUGAGCAUGGGGACUGUCUUUCCUCCCAAUUUUCUAAUCUACAUCAGAAGCUGCUGCCAACAGAAGGUGACUGGGACAUUAAUGGGAUGAUAUUAACAUCCUGCAAACUUUCAUAUUGUUUCCUGACUUAUUUUUUUUAUUGUUUGCGUCCUCUAGAUUACUUCUUACUUUAAUUUGCCUUUAUGAUCAGUGUCAUGUGUUGUUUUUUUUUCCUACGUGCAUUGUUUCCGUGCCUCCACCAGCUUGUGCUUGUUUGUGCUGAAUCACAGGUUGAAGCCAAAAUCAAGAAUGACUUAUACAAAUGUAUGUAUUUAUAUAUAAGUAUAUUAAAAAGGAAAAGUAUGGGCAUCCUGA